AUGUGUAGCUUUAGUUAUCUUCUGCCCUACCUCUUUUUUGCAACUAUCGCUGCAGAUCCGUAUGACGACCCUAACACUUUGCCAAAUCGGCAGGUUAUGGUGCAAUUGUUUGAGUGGAAAUGGAAAGAUAUAGCUGCGGAAUGUGAAAACUUUUUGUGGCGUUAUGGAUAUGGUGCUGUGCAGGUCUCACCACCAAAUGAACACCUCACCUUAACCAAGAAUAAUGAUAUGCCAUGGUGGAUUAGAUAUCAACCAGUCAGCUACAAAUUGAAUUCACGCAGUGGAACGGAAGAAGAGUUCAAAGAUAUGGUCGAGAGAUGUAAUAAAGUUGGAGUAAGAAUCAUCGUCGAUGCAGUCAUAAACAAUAUGGCCAAAGUCGGCCUGAAAAAGGGAAUAGGCAGUAGCGGUGGCUCAUACUUUGAUGGAACUGAAGGAAUAGAAAGUUUCCCAGAAGUGCCUUAUACAAAGGAGCAUUUCAACGACUACAGAUGUAAGAGAAACAUUAUUGCGGAUGAUAUUGCUCAUAAUGUAGAACAAUUAAGAAAUUGUCGAAAUUCUGGAUUACUCGACUUGGAUCAAAGUAAUCCACAUGUACAAGCAAAGAUUGUUGAGUAUUUCAAUCACCUUAUCGAUAUAGGCGUUGCAGGAUUUAGGAUCGAUUCCAAAUACAUGUGGCCCAAAGAUCUCAAGGCAAUUCAGUCCAAAACUAAGAAUCUGAGAAUUGACAUCUUUGGCCCCAACAAGCGACCAUUUUUCGCUCAUGUGAUAAAUGAAAAUGGAUUCAUUGAGAAUAUAAGAGAAUAUAAGGAUAUUGGAAGGUCCAAUUGAAC